AUGACCUUCUACAAUGGGGUAUUUCCUUUUUACCCACAUGAACGGAGGAAAUGGGUCUUUGGCGUGGACAUUAUUAUUGUCAUCAUUGUGUUUUUGGUGUUUGCUUUAGCUUUUAUCCUCAUCAUCCCAGGAAUAAGAGGCAAAGCAAGACUAUCAUGGAUAUGCAGAGUUAUAAUAAGCCUAUUUAUUGGAGUUGUUACAGUCGUUGUAAAUUUUACUGCUGAUUGGGAGGUUGGAUCAGUUAAUUCCGUAACUACAUAUAAAUCAUUCAGUAAUUCCAUGGUGAAUGCAGAUAUUGGAGUACAUGUCGGCCUUAAUGGAGUUAAUAUAACCUUAAAAGGCAAUCCCAUUCAUCAAAUUAAUGAGACAAUUGACUAUAAUGAGCAAUUUCUGUGGAGUUUUGGAUCAAAUUUUAAUGAAUAUUACUUUGAUGGUCUGCAAAAAGGACUCCCUAAUCCCAUACUAUAUGUGGCAGAGAAAUUUACUCAGAAUGAUCCUUGUGGUAUAUUUAGCCAGUAUAGGAUAUCCAGUCACUAUGCAUCAGCUUGCAUGUGGGUGGCAUUCUGCUCCUGGAUUAUCUGCAAUAUACUUUUCUCCAUGUCAGUGUUCAUAUAUGGAGCUCACAUGAUACUUGUGACGGGAGCGUUUAUGCUGUUCUCCUUGAUUUCCUUCUCCACAGUGAAGAAUGUAUCAUUUUGUAAUAUACAGUUUGGUUCGGAGACUCUAAAAACCACAUUUGGAGGCUCUUUCUGGCUAAGCCUGGCUGUAGGUCUUCUUUGCUUCGCUAUCGGAAUAACAUUAAUUGUUUUAAAUUGGUGUGUUCCUGAAAAACUGAAGUUAUUUUUUAAUGCUAUUGAAGAUGAUGAGGACUCAACAUCAAGAUCCUCUGAUAAUGAGCACUGUCAUAAUAAUUUGGCUUUUGAGCAUGUAUGA